GGCGGCCCUGCCAUUGGCUGGCGGGCCCUGGGGACGAGAUUGAAAUCAACGUUUGAACGUCUCGCUGUCGCUGCUGUUUGUCUGCGAGUCUCCAAUGAAGCUUGUUUUUUAACAGUGUCUCCGAGGUCCCGGCGCAGAAACAGCUCUAAGAUGGGGGACAACGGUGAGCUUCUGAUCACCCCAGAGACCCCGGGCAGGCCGUCCGUCAGAAACCCCUUUGAGAGUCCCAACGACUACCACCACCUCCGGGAGACGCUGGUGCCCAGUCCGUCUGUCUUCAAGUCCAAGUGCUGUAAAGCUACUCCACCAAAGUUCAACUGGUCUAUUGAUGAAAUGGCCAGUCUUCUCCCGGUGCACAUAGACCCAGAGGAGAUCCAGCGACAGUCGUUCUACCUGAGCCAGACGAGGAUGGAUUCUGACAUUGAGGAAAAGCGUCAGAAUGCUAUUGAGCAGUUUUUCACCAAAGGAGCCAUCGUGCCAUCCCCCUGGGCAGCAACAAACACUCGUAAAGCCCUUCCCAUCUUAAAUAGAGGUACUAUGAGCACAGUGAUUGCUGAAGAGCAAGAAAAGAUGUCAGUUGCAUGUCAGACAACUCUUUCAUUACCUUUGGCUUUUGAUCUGGAGAAAGUACUGGGUGAACAUUACCGCUAUGAGGAAGCAUGUGAUGCUGUGCAGGAGAGCCUUAGUUCGUCGUCCUUGAGACGGAAACUCUUCCUCGAUGGUCAGGGCAGUUACAGCGGGUCCGACAGCUCCAGCCCUCCGAGUCCAGAGAGAAGCCAUGUCCGGGAGGAGAGGCCUCCUCUGACCCGAGGAGAGAGGGAAGCUGAUGAAGGAGAAGGAGCCGUAUCAUCUUUCUUUUCCUCGCCUUUAUCCUGCGGUGUGUCUGCUCCGACUCCCUCUACGGGCCAAUUCUCAUCAAGCCCAAUCCAGCACGGCUGCUUCCGGGACUGCAGCCUCGGCAGCAUCAGCAGUCCUCUGUUCCCUGAUAGGUCGUCUCCUGCUGGCCUGGGCUCCCCCAAAAUCUCUCCUAUUGUUGCAUAUACAGCGUGCACGCCCAUCGGCUCAGCUGAGAGGAAGCAGGCGAGUCACUUGACUCCACACGGCGUUCCCCUGGAUAUAGAUCUCACGUCCUGCAAUGAGAGUCCAUAUGUGGAGGGUUGCUCUCCCAUUCGUAGCUGCUCCCCACACCAGCUCCGAUGCCCAGAUGAGCCUCAGCACAAUAUCAGAGCCAAGCCCAGGCCCAGAGUCCGCUGCUGGGCCUCCCCUCCCCUCAUCUCCCCCAUCCUCAACCCUAAGCUCCACGACCAUCAGGAGGCUGAGGACCAACACCCCUCCUCCUCUCCUUCUCUCCCCUCUAUGGAGCUAGAUCCAUUGUCACCCUUGGCACAGGAAACUCAUCCAACAGACACUGAGAGAGUUGGUCUGGAUCCUAAGGAACCUGUGAAAAUGGAGGAGGACAGGGAAGCUGGAGUGGACGGGAGGCUGGAGGAAGAGGACGAGGAGGAAACUGGAGGGCUUUCGGUACAUCUGACCAGCUCUCGUAUGGGCAAUGUGUCGGCAACAGAAAGCUCUCACAUGUUUGUAUCUCUUCUGGCCGAGGGAAGCAGCUUGUGCUAUGACUCCAGCAUGCAGGUGGACAGUGGGUACAACACGACCUCAGCAGGCCCAGCCAGUCUCAUUGAUGGACUCGGCUCAGAUUCCCACAGCAAAGAGUCCUUCAGUUCAAACCUGGCAGAGGAAGCCUUCCAACUCGCUCGAUACAACAAACUAAAGGUAUUUUAUUCCCACCACUGAGGCGUCUGAUUGUUUAGUGUAUUGUUUAAAAGGGACACCUCUUCUACAUCGAUCAUUUUGUUUACACAAUGUUUGAAGAAUUAAUGUCAAAUUCAUUUGUUUUGGGUGAAUGGGGUCAACUGUUUAAGAACUGUGAACAGACGUAAAGGGGUUAUUGGUUCUUCUGAGGUUCUGAUCUGGUUUUUAAGGUUGCCUGACUGAAAGCAGAUGCUUUAACACAAUGUUUUAUCACCGGAAGGGAGAAGCUCGUCAUAGACCAGUGAACCGUGUGGUCAGGGUGAAAAGGGUCAAUUCUCUAUCUACCUUGUACCUAAGGUAACUUAACCUCCUCGACUGCUGUACAUUUUAUUUGGUGCUGACGUGAUGUACUAGAUAGAUCCGGACUUCUGGAUGACAGAUUUAUACUGUAUGUUUUUAUAAAACUGUUAAUCACAAUGUUUUUAUAUGACCAGAGCUUUUUUCUUUUAUUGAAAUGCAGGAUACUUGUGGAUCUUAUUUGUUAGAAUAUUUAUUCCACUGGAUAAUGCCACUUGCUGACUGAGCCACUUGUUUAUCAUUGACCUAUACUGUAACAUGGCCUGGAUCGUUGUCCCAUUAAAUUAACUGAAACCUA